UGUGCGUUUUAGUCAUCGGUAGAAUGGUUUAAUGACAUGAUGUAACGUUUACCAAGUGCGCUUAUUUCUCUUUUUACCUGUCGAAUGCGCUUUUGAACGUGAGAGGAACGAUUUAUGGAAAUUGCGCGACGACAGCUAAGAUCAAUAGGAAGUGUCUAAACAGUGAAGUACUGUAAAGGUGUGCCAUGCGUCAUCAUCAUCAUCAUCAACCCUUCAAUAUUGCCGCCGCCUACUAAUGGUUUUCAAAUCUUACCCGAGGAAGGUCGUUUGGUUUACAGUUUACAUGGCUCGUUCAGUUAAAAGACAUCGUUUGGGGGUGUUGUUAGUCAUAAUAUUACUUUUUAUUGUGUUAUGCAUAAGUUUACUAAUUCACACUCAGUGCCUAAAACCAUCCAUAGCCUACUAUCAAAUUUUGGAGGAACAUCUUGAGCAGGAUCGUCUUCGGAUUAGUCGUUCUAAGUACAUUUUGUUCUACACGAAUUUCUUCGAUGUCGAUAAUUGGCUCCUCGAUGGGGAAACCGUUGGGCCGGACUAUCUUCGAUCCCUAUCAUGCCCGGAGACGGAUUGUGUCCUGACCAACAAUCGAGAGCUCCUCGAUCGGAUAACGGACUACGAUGCCUUGGUGUAUCACAUAGCCGAACCUUGGGCCUACUCACUACUGGACAAAGUUCCCAAACAACGAUCACCACAUCAGAUCUACAUAGCAGCCACCAUGGAAUCUCCAGCUCAUACCAAACAUCUCCUGGGGGGAGACCGAGACUUUUUCAACUGGACCAUGACCUACAGGCUGGAUUCGGACAUUGUCUGGCCCUACAACACCUUGGUCGAUAUCGAUACUGAUUUGAUUGUAAGUCCUGCUGCAUAUCCCCCCUGGAAAAUUGGAGCCUGGCAGCAUUACCAGAAUGAAAGCCUGCUGCAGCUGGCCAUGGGGAAAAAUAAAAUGGCAGCACAGUUCGUGUCACAUUGUGGCGCCUUUUCACGACGUGAUGAGCUGGUUCGAGCAAUCCAGAAGUUGGUGCAGGUGGACGUUUACGGCAAAUGUGGUACAUUGGAAUGUACCCGAGGAUCGAAACGAUGCUCCGAGAUGCUCAACACCGACUACUGGUUUUACUUUUCCUUUGAGAAUUCGCUCUGCCGAGACUAUGUCACCGAGAAACUUUUCGAGCCUAUGGCCAGCAACAUCGUUCCGGUGGUUUUCGGGGGUUCGGAUUAUCGAAGGUUUGCACCGCCUAAUUCGUUCAUAGACGUGCAGGAUUACGAGAGCGUCGAAAAGCUGGUGGAGCAUUUGCAGUAUUUGGUAGACAAUCCUCGAGAGUACGUCAAAUACUUCUGGUGGAAGGAACAUUACAGAAUCGCUGAAGGGCGACCGUUUUGUGAUUUGUGCAAAAAGUUACAUUACCCGAGCGCACGAGAACGUACCCAAUAUUACCGGAACAUUAUGACGUGGUGGUUCAACGAAGUAUGCCAGAAAGAAGCUCGGAUUAAGUUUUAGACUACAAAAGACUGAUUCGUAAAAUUAGUGUAUUGUAUUUAACAAUAAAACAAUUUAUCAUUUGUCUUGGAAUGGGUCUUUUUGAAUGUAUUUAUCAAGCUCACCGUCGCUGACCGGGUCCACCUGGGAUAAUUGAGUGAAGCCUUCUUCGUCCACAAAGCAAAUCUCGUGACCGUCUGGAUCAGCGAGAAUGAUAACCCUAACCGUGGCCUUGCCGGGAGUGUCCAGUGAAAUCAAGGGGGUCAAAAUGGUGUCUCCCGUUUUCUUGAUGGUUUCAUCUAUUUUCGGCUGCAUAUCAAACGGUACAGCAAAAGCAAUUCUGCCGUACGCUUUGGCCCGAUUCAGAGCUCCUUCAAGCUUCUGUAGAAUCAGCACGAAGCCGUUCUCUUUGUAAGUCAAUUCCGCCAACCGAUCGUUUUUCGAAAUUUGUUUCAUUUGCAAUGUGUUAUGCCAAUAGUUCACCGAACGCUCUAGAUCUGUGAUGUUUAGAAUAACGCUCUUAACUGGAUCCUCCCCUGAACCAUGUGACUCAUUGAUCACGAAAAACUUGUAGCCAUCAGGGGACACAAGCAAACUUUGACCAUUGUUUGCCUUCGUGAGCGGAUAGUUGGCUUCCUUAGCUCGCUUGAUAACAUCUGUCGAUUUGAUGGUAACUCCACCAAAAUCAUUUCCCAACUCGUACUCCUUAACCCCGUAAUUGUAGGUCAGCUCGAUGACAAAGUGGCUCGAUUCCGGCCCAUAUCCGAUCAUAGUCUUACUCCAUCGGUUAUCGUACGGUCUAAAAAUAUAGUAAGCGAAACAAUUUGAGAUACAAGCUGAUGAAAUUUAAAAAAAAAGCAGUUUCUUUAAUUUAUGUGUUUUUUCUUGAAAGACCAAUUUACGUUUGAAUUAUACAUGUAAAAAACAUGUACGACAAAUCAUAGCAAGCGAUAAAAAUCACGCCUCCUGCUUAU